UUCAGCUCGAGGACAGAAGCAAACUUCAGGAUCCGCAGGUCUGCUCUCUCUCUCUCUCUCUCUCUCUUUCUCUCGCGCUCGGGGUUUCUGCAGGAUUGCACCGGGAUGAACGUGGCUUUGUUUUCCUCCCUGAACCCGCAUCCGUCCCGCACCUCCAUGUGUGGAUCCUGAGAAGAGAGCGCUUUUCUCUGCGGGCUGCUGGAAAACAAGAACAAGAGGAGACCCAGCAGCAAACUUCAGCUCCCAAAACUGGAGGAAACUUUCUUUUUAGUCAGAUUGUUUGAAUUUUUCCUGCUCAUUGAAGAGAAGUUUUGACGCCAUGGCUUCCGUCCCGUGGACUUUUCUCUGGAUGCUUUUCUUGUUUCCAAGUCUGAGAUGUGAAGCUGAUCCAGGUCUGUCGGUGGACUCAGACGUCGUGGCUGAAGCUCAGAGUGGAUCAGCACCAACACCUGAAGGUUACUUUCUGGAGUUCCAGGAGCCCGUCAACAACAUCACACACUUCCAGGGUCAGACGGCCACGCUGCACUGCAAAGUAGCAGGAAACCCCCGCCCGACCAUCCGCUGGCUGAAGAACGACGCCCCCGUGGUCCAGGAGCAGGGACGCAUCACCAUCCGCAAGAUCGAGGCCGGAUCCAAGCUGCGGAUCCAGGACCUGGACACGACUGACACGGGGUACUAUCAGUGUGUCGCCUCCAACCUGCUGAAACACAUCUCUGCUACGGGCGUGCUGUACGUCAAACUGGGUCAGAUGCCCACACACAGCCCAGACGAAUCAUCACGUGAUAAAGGUUUCUGUCAGCCGUACCGAGGCAUCGCCUGUGCUCGCUUCAUCGGAAACCAGAGCAUCUAUGUGGAGUCUCUUCAGAUGCAGGGCGAGAGUGAGAACCGCAUCACAGCUGCCUUCACCAUGAUCGGCACCUCCACCCACCUGUCGGAUCAGUGCUCCAGCUUCGCCAUCCCGUCCUUCUGUUACUACGUCUUCCCUCUGUGCGACGAAGGCGCUCGGGCCCCGCGCAAGCGUCAGCUCUGCAGGGACGAGUGCGAGGCCCUGGAGAACGAUCUGUGCCACGCCGAGUACACCAUCGCCCGGUCCAACCCCAUGAUCCUCAUGCAGCUGGAGCUGCCGAAAUGCAACCUGCUGCCGCGACCCGGAACCAGUGAUGCUGCUUCCUGUAUGAGGAUCGGAGUGCCGCAGGACAAACUAGGGCCAUAUUCACCCUCAGAUCACAGCUGUUACAACGGGAGCGGAGCGGACUACAGAGGAACGGUCAGCGUCACAAGGUCGGGUCAUCACUGCCAGCCGUGGAGCUCUCAGUACCCCCACAGUCACCACAUGACCAAGGACCAGCCCGAGCUGUGGGGGAGUCACAACUUCUGUCGUAACCCCGGGGGACAGAUGGAGGCGCCCUGGUGCUUCACCCUGGACCCCCAUGUCAGAGUGGACCUGUGUGACAUCCAGCCCUGCAAGCCUCCAGACAACCCUAGGAAGGAGAUCCUGUUCAUUCUGAUCCCUGCGAUUGCGAUACCGCUGGUCAUCGCCUGCCUCUUCUUCCUGGUUUGCAUGUGCCGCAAUAAACAAAAGGAAUCGAUAGACUCACCGCCUCGCUGCCAGCUCAGUGGCUCACCCAACCAGGACAUGGAGCUGUCACAGCUCAGUCAACAGAAGCACCAGGCCAAGCUGCGGGAGAUUAACAUGUCCGCUGUGAGGUUUAUGGAGGAGCUGGGCGAGGACCGGUUCGGCAAGGUUUACAAGGGCCACCUGUACAGCACCGCACCUGGAGAGCAAGGCCAGGUGGUGGCCAUCAAGACAUUAAAGGACAAAGUCGACUCCACUCUCUGCGAGGAAUUCCGACAUGAAGCCAUGCUCCGCUUUCACCUGCAGCACCAGAAUAUUGUUUGUCUGCUGGGUGUGGUCACCAAAGAGCAUCCGAUGAGCAUGAUAUUCACCUACUCCAGCCUCGGAGACCUGCACGAGUAUCUGGUGAUGCGCUCCCCUAACUCAGACAUCGGCAGCUCGGAUGAUGACAAGACAGUGAAAUCCACACUAGAGCAGGCUGAUUUCCUUCAUUUUAUCACCCAGAUUGCAGCAGGGAUGGAGUACCUCUCCAGCCAGCAGGUUGUCCACAAAGAUCUCGCUGCCAGAAACAUUUUGGUCUCUGACAAACUCAGCGUCAAGAUCCUUGAUCUAGGAUUGUUCAGAGAUGUGUACUCUGCAGAUUACUACAACCUCAUGGGAACAAGCCCUUUCCCGAUUCGCUGGAUGUCUCCAGAAGCUAUCAUGUACGGAAAAUUCUCCACGGACUCUGACAUCUGGUCUUAUGGUGUCCUCCUGUGGGAGACUUUCAACUAUGGUCUGCAGCCAUACUGUGGACACUCCAACCAGGAUGUGAUCGAGAUGGUGCAAAGCCACCAGUUGCUGUCUUCUCCGGAUGACUGCCCAGCCUGGAUUUACACACUCAUGCUGGAGUGUUGGAGUGAGUUCCCAGCGAGAAGGCCUCGCUUCAAGGACAUCCACACUCGUCUGCGCUCCUGGGAGAGCCUGUCCAACUACAACAGCUCUGCUCAGACUUCUGGCACCAGCAACACCACCCAGACCAGCUCCCUGAGCACCAGCCCCGUUAGCAACAUUAGCAUGAGUACAGCCAAUGCAUCGCGCUACACAAGUCCUAAAAAAACCUCGCCAUUCCACCAGCCACAGUUCAUGCCUAUGAAGGGGCAAAUGCAUCGUUCAAUGGUGCCCCCACAGCUUUACAUCCCUGUCAACGGGUAUCACCCCAUGCCAGCCUACCCAUACCUGCAGAACUUUUACCCCAUGCAAAUACCCAUGCCAAUGCCCCAGCAGCAGAUGCACCACCCACCACAGAUGGUCCCCAAAGCUGGUUCUCACCACAGCGGCAGUGGAUCCACAUCUACAGGGUAUGUCACCACUGCCCCUUCCAAUACUUCAGCCACAGAGCGAGCAGCUUUGCUAAACGAGGACUCCAAGACCAAUGAGGAGGACUUGGCAAACAGGAGGUCCCCAGAAGAGUUAGACCAUAACAAGGACUCAUCAGUGCCUGAAACAGAGCUUCUAGGUGACAAUGAUCCUCCAACGACUUACGAACUGGGGAUUGACCUGUCAGACACAUAAGUGGGGUGUCUGAAGACCAGCAUGAACUAAUCUGUGACCUAUGCUUGCCAAAACUUGAUAAGUAGCGCCAAGUGAAGUGAGCAAAAGUACGGAACAGUGACUGAAUGUUUUUGUACAAGUUUUAUUUUAUAGUACUGACCCAUUUGAAUGUCAAGUGUGUCUCACGUUUGUACCUCUCGAACUCCUGUGCCAAUCAAUAAGCAAAAGUUAUCACGCUACCCUCUGUAGACAUUUCUUUGGUUGCAAUUUAGAAGACUUUGCGUUCUUGACGUUGCUGUGCAACACAAACAUGUUCUUCUGAGGUUGCCUUUUUCUUGAUAGAAGUUGUGACCAUCAUGCUCUCAGCACCAAGAGCCACUCCUCCAAGGGCCUUAAACUGGCAGGCCAUGAGGUCAGGAUUGAUGCCCCCAACACCCAACCUCAAAACCCUGGACAUCACACAUUGGUGUUCUGUGAAAGGCACAAGAGCUGCUGCCAGAACCCAGAACAGAACUCAGGUUUCAGUGGUGUUGGUGUUUAGCUUGUUCACAACUUCUGCCUGAACCAGAGAUGCUUGGUGACAGGGAUCACCCACAUACUGAUGAAUGAAUUCAUCAAACACAAGUAGGGUGUCGUGUGUAAAGACAGUGCAGCUUAUAUGCUUAAAGAACAGCAAACAGUGCAGUGAGCAAUUGUGCAAAACAGUGACCGAAUGUUUAUGUUAGAGUUUCUUAGUUGGAGCUUUUGAUUGUAAAGUGUUUUUCAUGUUUGUACCUCUCAAACUCUUCAGUUGCUAAAAGAGCAAAACUAACUUUUUUAUUCUGCUGCCAUUAAGAAGAAUUUAUUUACUUUCCUCACUUUUUCAACACUCAAAGAUUUUGUAACCCACAACAUCUUCAGAACUUGCCUUUCCUUGAUAGAAGUUUUGAAUUUGCCAAUGCACAUUACGCCAUGAGCAACGUUCCCCCCCUGCCAUAUACAAGCCAUUCACUGGUCAGAUUUGUGCCACCCACCCUCUAAACUUUGUUUAUUUGAUUUCCAGACCACAAUUUUGCUCCUGGCACACAGGUUCCAGUUACAUUCACAAUUUGUGCAACUUUCAAUGACCAUUGGAAGAUGUUUUUGAGGGAAUAAUUCUAAGGAUUGUAAAAGCAUCAAGCAUAAAACAACACAGAUUGCUUGAUGGAUAGAAUAUUGUAGAAUCUAUGAAAGAAAGGUCUAUGGUUUAGUUUAUUAAUAUUCUACUCACUGAAAUGUAUUUUGGACCUAUUUCCCUACAUCAACUUUGCCAACCAAGUUGUAGGGAUUUGUAAUUUAUGUACUUUGGUUUACACAUGUGUAUUUGUUUGUAACUCGUCUUCAUUGUGUUAAUACUGUGUCUUUUCCACCAUGUUUGCUUUGUUGAAGCAGAGGUUUGCUCACCGAAUAAUGUCCACGUAAAGUCAUAUGAAUAAAAUGGGGGAUUUCCCCUCCGUAAGAGAAGGAAA